AAAAGACAAACUUACCCUUACCUCUCAAUUGAUUAGGAACAGAGGAGCGCUCGCUCGAUCUCAUCCCCUAUGUCGCACGCGAGGCUCUGGUGCUACUGGGCGGCAGCGGCCCUGGUGGUACUCGACGGCGGCGGCCCCGGCGGAGCGAUGGCGGAAGGAGAGACUGCAGUACUAGGGGCAGCGGCAACAGGCCAAGAAGGGCUAGCGAGGAGCAACAAGGGCCGACAGGGAGUAGCAAGAAGGUUCAGGAGAGGAGUGCAGCAAGAGUUCAUCCCUUCCCCUGUGUAAUGUUUGGUCAAAUAGGUUCAUUUAUGUUGUCUAUUAUUUUUAAAGUUUGUUUUUGUGUUGAAAAGUGGCAAAAGAUCAAAGUCCAAAAUAAAGAGUGUCAUAAAAUCAAUUUUUACCGCCGGCUUUCCCUUCCUACGCCGCCGGCCUCCUCUCGCCGGCUUCCGGCUAGCAUAUGUGGACGGGCUCCCCGUACUCCUUCGCCGUCCUCGAACGCCUCCUCCAAGAUCACUUCUCCGCCCCUCGCCGCCUCCUCCAGGUCCAUGCCCUCCUCCUCACCUCCGGCGCGCUCUCCACCUCCCACGCUGCCGCCACCUUCCCCUACAACUGCCUCAUCCAUGCCCACCUCCGCCUCCCCGCUUCCACCGUUACCCCGCUAUGCGGCCCCCUCCGCCUCUUCUCGACCAUGCUCGCCGCCGGCGCGCGCCCCAACGGCCACACGUUCCCUUCCCUCCUCAGGUCCGCCUCCGCCUCCGGACCAGCCACCAGGGCCCUCCACGCGCAGUGCCUCCGCCGCGGGCUUACGGCCGACCGCUUCGUUGCAUGCUCGCUCGUCAGCUCCUAUGGCCAAGCUGGCCGUCUCGCGUGUGACGCUUCUAAGGUGUUUGACGAAAUGGCCAGCCCGGAUCUCGCCUCCUCUAACGCCAUGCUUGAUGUGCUGUGUCUCGCUGGGGACGUGGCUGCGGCUAGAGUGUUCUUUGAGCGGAUGGUGGUGAGGGAUGUGGUAUCAUGGACGACGCUCAUCUCUGGGUUAUCGAGGAAUGGGUGCCACUGGGAUGCUGUCGAGAUCUUCAGGGGAUUUUUGGUGGACAACAGGGGACUGCUCGGUGAGGCCACGUUGGUCAGCGUGCUCUCGGCUUGUGCAAACUUGGAUGGUGCUGAGGGGCUUGUGGUCGGGACGGCUGUUCACGCUUAUGUCGUUCGCCAUGAGGUUGACCUCACAGCGUUCUUGGGCACGGCGUUGAUCGACAUGUAUGGGAAGUAUGGGAAGCUUGACUGUUGUAGGAGAGCUUUUCAUGCUGUAUCUGAGAAGGAGGUCUGUACGUGGAAUGCGCUGCUGUCUGCACUGGCUAAUCAUGGGAAAGAGACUGAAGCACUGGUUAAGCUCAACAUGAUGAUAGUUGGAGGGUUCUUGCCAAAUCAGAUUACAUUUCUUGCUCUACUGACAGGUUGUGCUCGAGCAGGAUUGGUGGAGAUUGGGUUAUACUGGUUCGAGACGAUGGUGACUGAAUACAAGGUGACUCCGAUGAUGGCCCAUUUUGGAUGUGUUGUGGACCUGUUAGGCCGUGCUGGCCGUUUCAUGGAGGCCAUUGAGAGGAUAGAGCGGAUGCCCUUUUUGCCUGAUGCUUCUGUGUGGGGCGCGCUUCUUGGUGCUUGCAAGCUCCAUGGAAAUGUGGAGCUUGUUGCUGAGAUUGGGCGAAAUCUAGUGGCUCUUGGUCCUCAGCAAUCCGACCGGUAUGUGACUAUCAGGAAUAUUUAUCUAGAAAAUGGGAAUUGGUGUGCUGCGACGAGAAUGGGUGAGGUGAUGCAUGACGCCGGGAUCAAGAAGACAGCAGGACAAAGUAGUGUUGUGUUUGACAGCUCUGCCAUUACUUGACUAGAGUUUGUUUGUUGCAAAUAUUGCUCUUCUGGGACUACCGUUUGUUUCUCAUGACUUGUACCCUUAGGAAAAUACUAACCCACAUCUUGUUCAAGCUUAUAACAAAUAUUUGACGUAAUGAAGAAUCAGAUUUUUAUUCACUGAAUCGGGCGGGUUACCUUUGAUUUGCAAGAUUGCAAAAAGGCAGUAUUAGGAAAAUCACAGAAUUGUAGUGGCAUGUCCACUCAAAACCUAUAUUGCAAGAGGUUUGAGUGAAUGGAAAAUCCCUAAAAACUCUAAGCUCCCGGGAAUUGGAGGCCUGGGACGCUAUGUGUAUUUUUUCGCUGGCUGGUCCCGGUUGUAAGGGGGAGAUGCGUGUGUGGGACACGGGUGUCAGGGAGGGCGUGGGGUGUCUCCCGGUUGAACCGACGUUCAGCGUCGCGUGUUCGUUUCAUGGUGGUUUGGCUUGUGGUCGUGUCUUCUUUCCGCUGGCCCUUGUGAGUCUGGCCAAAGGGGAUUCUUCAUUCAGAGAGGGGGUGAAGUGGUUGGCAGCUGUAGUUUCGGCAGGGUUGUACGAGCGGCUGGAAGACAAGGGUGGGAUCACUGGGUGAUUGGCGGCGGAGGUUCUCGCCGCUCCCUGCGGAUAGCUGCUAUGAUAGGGUGGCCGGCGCGGUUGUCGUCGCUCUUCGAUUCGGCCGCGUUGGGGUUAGUUUUGUUUCGGCUGCUGCGGGUGUUUCCCCAUGGAUUGAUGCGUGUAUUUGCUCCCUUCUUCGCUAUUAUUUCUUUCUUUCUUUGUGCCUUUGUCGGUGCCGAUUGAUAUUUCACAGGCUUGUUUCGGCUGCGGAGGGUGUCCUCCCCGAUUUUUUCUUUCACCCCAUGGAUUACAUGGUAGGGGCAGUGGUGGAUGCUUCCUGUGUAUCAUCACGUGUUGCUGUUGGUGCGGUCCAUUGGGGUUUGGAUUAAGGGCUUUGUGGCUGCCUGGAUGUGGUGCUGUCGAUGGGUUUGUUUUUUUAGAAGAAAAGGGCUCCCGCCCCGGCUCCAUUUGAUUGAUCAAAACGAAGCCAAAUUUCUGUCGAUGGGUUUGUUGGUGUGGGUUAGUGUCUCGGUGUGGUGUUCAUCACUUUCGUGGGUGUUUUGUUUUAUAGGAUGUACCAUCGUUUGAUUUUUGCUGUAGGUUCGGUUGAGGUGUUUACUAAUCUGGUACAUUGUUGUCUGCUGGCUGCUUAAUUAUGUAUAGGAUCUGUACCUAUAAUCUCCACGACCGGCCAAACAGCUUUGCUAAUUAAGAAGCCUGUCAAAUAUCCGCGAACCUCUGACUUGUUUAAGCUCUCUUUGACAUGGAUCAAUCAAUAAAUACAUGUAUGUCUAGCAUCUUCAUGGGACCAAAUCGACUUCUUCUUAUCUAGGCACACUAUUGUAAAUUCCAUUCACCGUUGUAGAUUUGAUAGAAUCAUUCUGAAUUGGUUUUUUUAAGUACAAAACAGCAAAAAGAUGUCGUUUUAAAUUUCCAAGAAACUGUUGUCAAUUUGUCUUCUGAAUACAAAAGGGCAUAGGGGAAGGCAAAAUUAAGAAUCGCUGAUCACAUAGGUUGUACACUGGCACAAUAUCUAUCUAUUCUCGGUUCUUAAUUUGUCUAAAAGAUGUGCUAAGAAAUGGAGAUGUAGGCACAUGAGAAGAAGGGACAUGGAGCCUUAGUUAAUGUAAUUAUUUGUAGGGAUGCUCCUGUUAUAACAUAAUUAUGUAUCCCAUGAUGCUCAUGUUAUAGGAUUUUUAACUACUUCAUGUUCCAUUGAUUUGAUUGGCAACCUCUAUAUGUCAUCUCUGAUGCAUCGAGUGGGCUCUGUGGAUUUGGAUGCUGAAUUCUAAUCUGAUGACUUGUUUUGACAAUUUCAGGUUACUGUUACUCCCACGCUCCGUGGUAUUAUUUGAUUUGAUGUACAAAUUUAAUUGAGCAUUACUCACAUGUGAAAUUAGGAUAUUCCUUCAACCCAUCCGAUUUUUACUCUGAAACUGAUCAUCAUUUUCCUUAUAUUUUGGCCGAUGUAGGCUAGAUGGUGGUAAGUUAGUAUUUAUAUGCUGUCUGCCUUGCUGGAAGAAUUAACAUCUACUCCCUCUGUAAAGAAAUAUAAGAGUGUUUAGAUCACUACUUUAGUAAUCUAAACGCUCUUAUAUUUCUUUACGGAGGGAGUACUAUUUUAUUUCAGCUAUGUAAGAGCAUCCGAAUUUACUAUACAUUCCGAAGAACUUAGUAACUGGUUUGCCUGCAGAGUCCAUCAGGAGGACACGAUUGUAAACAUAGGUCCUAGGCUCAGAUAUAUGGAUUCAGAAUUUACUUGCUGGGUUGAGUGCCGA